UGUAUGCAACAAGAGGAAGGGGGUUGUUCCUGCACAAUGUGCAUGAUUGUGUGUGACAAGAGAGAAGGGGGUAGUUCCUUCAAAAUGUGUGCGCAAGAGGAAAUGGAAAGCUGGGGGGGUUGGGGACAAGAGCAAAAGGAUAGAUCCUGUAAAAGGUAGGAAGUGAUUGUGCGUAUGUAAGACAAAAGGAAAAGGAUACUUCCUUCAAAGUGUGUGCUAUAUGUGUGUUGGGGACAGGAGAAAAGAAAGGGGUGGUUCCUUCAAAGUGUGUGUGUGUGUGUGUGUGUGUGUGUGACGAGAGAGAGGAGGAGAGGGGUAGUUCUUUCCUUCAGAGUGUGUGUGUGUGGUGUUGACCAGAGAAAAGGGGUUCUUCCCAUGGAGGGAAGAGUGUUGGGGACAAGAAGAAGAAAGGGUAGUUCCUUCAAAGUGUGUGAGAGAGACCAGGGGCAAACGGCAGCUCCUGCACAGCCGGAAAGCCCCGAGCGACGGUCUCUGCCCUGGCCCCUUUAAGGCUUUGGGAAACUUUUCCCCGCUGGCCCGGCCCGUCACAUCCGUGGGCGGCAGCGCCCGGCCCCUGCCCCUGUCCGAGAAACUUGCCGGAGCCGGGGCCGUGCAGCGCCGCGAUGCAGCCGGGGCGGAGGCAAGCCGCUCCCUGCCCCUCCCGCCGGCCCUCCCCCGCCGCCUGCCGCCGCCGCCGCCGCUGAGUUGCUCGGUGCCUCCCUCGUCCCCGCGCUGCCGCCGGCAUGGGCUCUUGCCCGCCGGCUCCGCGCCUGCCGCUGCUGGUGCUGGUGCUGGUGCUGGCGGGCUGGGCUGGGCCGGGCCGGGCGCGCUUCUCCCUGCCGCUGCGGGUGUCCCCGCCGAGCGGCCCCCCGCCCCCGCCCGCCGGCCUGGCCCUGGCCGCCGAGCCCGCCGCCGCCUUCAACUUCUGGGCAAUGGUGGACAACCUGCAGGGAGACGCCGGCCGGGGCUACUACCUCGAGAUGCUGCUCGGCUCCCCGCCCCAGCAGUUGAACAUUCUGGUUGACACUGGAAGCAGUAAUUUUGCAGUUGCGGGUGCUCCAAAUCCUGAUGUUACAUCGUACUUCAAUACCGAGAAGUCAAGUACAUACACAUCUCAAGGCAUCGAUGUCACUGUUAAGUAUACUCAAGGAAGCUGGACAGGAGUGCUUGGCAAAGAUUUUGUUACUAUUCCAAAGGGAAUCAAUGGCUCUUAUCUUAUCAACAUUGCUACCAUUCUUGAAUCAGAAAAUUUCUUUCUACCAGGAGUGAAAUGGCAUGGAAUUCUUGGACUUGCCUAUGAUGUCUUAGCUAAGCCUUCAAAGUCUGUGGAGACGUUCUUUGAUUCCCUUGUGAGGGUGGCAGAGAUCCCCAACAUUUUCUCCCUGCAGAUGUGUGGAGCUGGAUUGCCUGUUUCUGGAAGUGGUACCAACGGAGGUAGUCUUGUGAUGGGUGGAAUUGAACCAAGUCUGUACAAGGGUGAUAUUUGGUACACGCCUAUUAAGGAAGAAUGGUAUUACCAGGUUGAAAUUCUCAAACUGGAGGUUGAAGGCCAGAACCUUGACCUGGACUGCAGAGAGUAUAAUGCAGAUAAGGCGAUAGUAGACAGCGGCACCACCCUCCUCCGCCUACCCCAGAAAGUCUUCACUGCUGUUGUGGAAGCUAUUAUUCGUACAUCUUCGAUCCAAGAAUUCUCUUCUGGAUUCUGGACAGGCUCCCAGCUUGCAUGUUGGGACAAAACUGAAAAGCCCUGGUCCUUAUUUCCUAAAAUCUCCAUCUACCUGAGAGACGAAAACUCAAGCAGAUCAUUUCGGAUCACUAUCCUACCACAGCUUUAUAUUCAACCCAUCCUUGGGAUUGGACAGAACCUGGAAUGUUACCGAUUUGGCAUCUCGUCCUCCACGAACGCUCUGGUUAUUGGUGCCACAGUUAUGGAGGGUUUCUAUGUCAUCUUUGAUAGAGUUCAAAAGAGAGUAGGCUUUGCUGUGAGUCCAUGUGCAGAAAUAGGUGGCUCUCCGGUAUCUGAGAUAGAAGGUCCUUUCUCAACAGCAGAUAUAGCAAGCAACUGUAUUUCCACAGGAACCUUCCAUGAACCACUGUUGUGGAUUGCCUCCUAUGUUCUCAUGAGCAUAUGUGGCAUCACCCUCCUUGUUCUGAUCAUCUUGCUGCUGCUCCCGUCUCGGUGUAAGCAUCGCUACACUAACAACGAUGUAGUCAAUGAUGAAUCAUCCUUGGUGCAUCAUCGCUGGAAAUGAGGACCUUUGAUCAUGGGUUGGGAAGCCUUAGACUCUGUCAGCACAACAAAGAAUGAAGUGUCCAGCCUAGGAGAGGAAAUGAAUACCUUGUUCCUUUUUGUUGGUCACAAAUCACAGUUUUCUAUAUAUACUGCGUCAUAAUUUUUUAAGCUUUAAUUUCUAACACCCGAUUCCAAACCAAAACGCUAAACCCACCUUUCAAGUGCUGUGUUGCUGGAUUGGUUCUAUCAUACCACAACUGAGCCUUUCAGCUCCCAGUCAUACCCUUUUUAAAUGUUGACAUGGUGUUCUUCCAUUAUCCAGACAAAAUAGCUCAUUCCUCAUUCCCAAAAGAAAAGGAACCAUCAAAUAUUUCUAAUGUUAAUCAAGACUUGAAUGUCGGGGGGGGGAGGACAAGUUUUAAUGAGUUUUCUCGUUAGUCACAUUAAAGAAAUAAUGUCUGGUUUACAUCAGUUCAUUUUAAAACCGUGCUUACAGCAUAGGGAAGGUGGAAAGGUCAGUGUUGUGCAGCUAACAAAAGCAAUUUACGUGACUAGGAAACUGACUUUUUUCACAGUGAGGUUACUGGUGUCAUUUGAGUAUGUCUUUGUUCAUUAGCUGCCCUUCCAGAAUAGUUUGAGGGGGGGAAAAACAGGGACGCCAAACUGUUGUUCUGCCUUAGUGUAAAACAAGACUACCUCGAUAAAAUUAAAAGGGCACUUACUAUCGUUAAGUGGGUGGCACUAAGAGCUACUUUUUAGCUGUUUUAGAACAGAUGAAAAUCCUGUACCACAAAAUGCAAUCCCUUGUUUCCAAAAUAGCAUUUUGCUUAAUCCUUCUGAGAGGUUUAUAAAAUAACUUUUCACAUAAUCACUUUUAAAAAAAUCCUCUUAGUUUUCCACCCAUGUUAUCUCCCUCUCAAUUCGGGCACAUUGCUGUUUAGAGUAGAAGAGGGUUCACUAUACGUGAAUGGCACAGAGCAGAUAAUUGUUAAGGGCAGAUGUUGCUUUUUACAUCUCUCUUGGCAUCUCUAGUGAUUGCAAGGAAAAACAAUAAAAUGUAAAGCAAAUCUCUAAAGAGAAAACGAAACCAUGUUUGCUGAGCCCAGCAGUCUGAAAGUUCAAUAAAUAUAAAAAGUGUUUCUCUUUUGAAUAAACUCUGGAAGUUUUGGUGACGCUGACUGGCUGUUUAACUUGAAUAGCAAUUGAGGAUUUUUUAGUUUUUAGUUUUUGUGAUAUGUCCAUCUUGGUGAAAAAACAUUAACACAGUAGUGGGAAACCUGUAUAACAAACUGAAAGUAUAUUGGUUUAGUAGCCCUAAAUAAAUGUUUGUGUGUGGAUUUGGAUUUUUUUGGGUGGGGGGGGAGGCAUAAUAGACCAGAUACAUAUCUCAGUUGAACAGGUAUAAAACUUAAAUUUAACAGAGAUAAGAAAUGUUGGUACUUUCUUUAAAGCCUAAAAAGGCUUUUCUUAUAGCUAAGAAAGGUGGUGCAGGAAGUAGGCUCAGAAAUUCAAUUUUAUUUACUUUUUUAAAAAUUACAAAGUUUAAAAGGGCCUCUUGUUUCUUUUUUUUUUCUUUUUACAUUUUUGUUGGAUUUAAGUAAAAGGGUUGGAGUUUGUUCUGACAUCUGGAAGUGAUUUUCUUGAUACUGGGAGUUAGAAAUUUGAGGAGGAAGGGAUUUCUGAGUUGUUUUCUGCUUUUUAUUUUUCACUGACCUUUAUCAAAAAUUGAAUUUAAGGAAUGCAAGAAUCUGUGCAGCUUGAAUUAUAAAAACUUCUUAUAAUUAGGCUUCUACUAAUAGAUGCAGUUUUUUAUCAUUUAGAAAACAAUGUAACUUUCCUUUUUAAUUCUUGUAGACUAAAAAAGAUUCUUUUUUUCCUUUGUCAGUCCUAAGAUUCAUAUAACUAAAAUCAUGCUAAGAAAGCUGUAACUCUUGUGUUUCCUCAGGUGAACCAAGUGAUUAAGUUUCCUUCAUAUAUAUCAUGGUAUUUCUGUCCUAUAAUCUAAUUUCAGUUGAACUUUUUAAAACUUUUUCUUUGUACAAAGAGCCAAUGAGAUCUGAUUCUUAGAGAUGCCAGGUACCAGCUGCCAUUAAUAUCAGCCAGCAUUAAGAGCGUUUGUUUGUCCUUGAAAAUCAGGUCCACAAUUUAAGUGACAGCUCAUACCACUGAAAUGGAUGAGCAAUGUGCUAAAAUGUAAAAGAAGGUUCCACUGAGUUUGAAUCAAAGCAAUAGAUUUUAUUUUGGAAAGAACGGUGCUGUUAAUUCUGUAAUCCAGCUCCAUAUAGUACUCCUUGGGUUUGCCUCAGCUCAUAGCCAGUAAUAUCAAAAUCAUGUUCCUUUUUCUUUAGGAAAUAUAUUGAAUAAUCUUGUCACAUUUUCCUUGAAGUCUGAAUAAUUUUUUUACCCAUUGUUGCACAGCCUGGAUCAACAGCACAGGGGAGAAAGCACCAUCUUUAUUACUUUUGAGGAGCAAAAAUUGUGUACUAUUAAAAUACUUUUACUUUAGCUUUUUUCUUAUUAAGGAAGGAAUUUAGCAGUCAGAUUAUUGGAUAGUGUUCCAGGUAUGCUUUGUAAUGACAAGCUAGAUCUCUCCAGAGUAGUUCAGUGAAGCUUUUUAAUGCUCUGUUUCAUAUAAAAGUCCUUGAGUUCACCCUUUCAUUUUUGAAUGUCAUUGGUCAAGACAUUUUAAUAGAAAUGCGUGAAUUAUAUGAGCAAUAAUCUGGUAACAGAAAUGAAAUAGUCCUGCAGUGUGAGAUUUUCAUGGCAUCCCUUGAAAUUUUGCCACUAAAAUUUGGCUUAUAGUAAAAAUGUUGUUAGUGACAUCUGCUAGCAGCACAAACUUCAUAUCAGAUUGUAAAUUGAUACUUGCAGUGGCAGAUAUUCAGGUGAGUAUUGCUUUGUUGCUCUGGCAACAAGGAGAGCAAUGCUAACCCUUGAGGGUUCAUUUUUAGCCUGCAGCACAUUAAGAAAAAUAAUGCACUUGAGCAUUUUUCUAUGAAAGAUGAAGCUCAAUGGUAGACUGCAAUUUUACCAACUGUGGCUUAGUAGAUAAUUUUUUUUUCUGAUUUUUAAAAAUGAAGUGCUCUAAGGGAUUCUCUACUUGUGUUAACUAACUUCAGGGAUAUUCUUUAAUUAAAUCAUGCCUUCACAUACGAAGUUCAGGAUAAAGAUGGUAGGCUUUGACUUCCAAGAUAAUUUGUUACUUGUAAUAUAAUAUAUCCCAAGUGAUGGGUUACUAGACAAUACAUCCCAGUGCUCAUAUGCUCUUAAUUUUGGGAGCAGUGCCUUUGUAUACCAUGCUAUUUACCAGACAAGUGUGGGGAAAUUAUCUUUAGUUGCAUGGAGCUUCUUUAAUAAUAGCUGAUUCAUAAUGAAUGCUAUGUGUGACUGAAUUCAAAUUAUGCUUGAAUUUGAGCUAAAGCAAGGGAUACAACAGUUCUGUCCCACUGGUCCAUCUGCUGUCAGAGUUCAGUUUCAGAAAUGUUACCUCAAAUACCUUGUACAACUCAGGCUUUGAGAAAAAUAGAUUAAAUGACUUUGUAAGCAUUUGUUUCACAUGCUGUAAAUAAAGUUUAGUUCAGCUUUAACAUAAAGCAGCCUAUAUCGCACCUAUCACAUUUAUAUUGAAAAUACUCAAUGAAUAUUGUGUCAAAGGAAUAUAAUAUUUUUGGCUUUGGUUUUGUACUAGCAGUUAAUAGUAAAUCACAAACUACAUAGAGAUGUUCUUACUUCUGACUCUUUUUUAAUUGAGGAAAUGCUAACCUUUUAACAAUAGCUUAAUCUUUAUUAACUGAAAGCCAGUCACUGGGAAGAACAACAAGGGCUGUUUCUCAUGUCAAAUGAAGUCUUCCUUGGGACUGAUGAUUAAAAGAUUUAUCUAAUUUGGUUGUUGACAGUUACUUUUAUGUAUGGAAGUGUCAGGAAGCAAUCAUCCAAAUAGGGUAAUAGUAGCUUUGUUGAAUGGGAUCUAUUUUUCCCUAGUAAUCCAGGGAGACGGACAUUUUUUAUUUUAGAGAAGUGAGAGAAAUCAUUAAAGUGAUUCUUGACAUUUCUAAAGAUUCUAAGAUUAGUUUUUCAGUUCUGCCUUCAGCAUGAAGAAACCUAGCAAGGUAAUUUGUGGCACUGAGUGCAAAUAAAUAAAAAAUUUUCAAGUAAGAUGUUACCUAUUGCUGUAUUUUAUAAACUCUUCCAAGAAUAUAACUUGUGAAAGUGUCCUUUUUUAAAAUGAUACAAAUUACCAAAAAAAUGCAUUUAUUGUUGACUAAUGUUCCUGUAGAUCCAGGUUAUGCUAGGCUUGACUCCCUGAUUGAUGAAAACAUUGGAAAUUGGAAAUGACUUGCCUCCACACCCUUGACCAGAACUAAGAAUUGCACUGGGUAGGAAACACUGAAAAUGCAGUUAAGCCAUUUGGAAUCUCUUAUUUUUAGGUACCUAGUUCAAACUUAGGCCAGGUUUUUAAAGUUCCAAAGUCUUAUUCUUCUUUAAUGACCCUUCAUUUAAACCCUCUAAAAUUAACGAUGGUUUUAGUCAAGUUUCUGGAUGAGAGUUGUUUGUAUUACAGAAGCCACUUUCACAAAUUGCACCAACUGAGAAGAAAGUUGAGGCUUAUUUGGAACUAAUUAGUUAUGCAAAUUAACAUGAAAAUUGAACUGUAAUCUUCCCUAACAAAGAUCCAAAUCAAGACUGAGGGGCAACAAAACUCACCUGUGGAUACAUAAUACCUUAUUCCAGUCUCUCGCUUUGCAUGAGAAUUCAUUUGUUGGUAUAUUUUUUAAAACAAGACUACCCUAAGGUAUCAAUUAAGCUUAGCAAGAAUUUUGUAUCCAUUAUGGUAUGAAUAACUGGCCAAAUAAUUUCUAAAUGGAUUUUACAGUUAACCACUGAAUAUUUUUUCCCGAAUCAUAUAUAUUGUUACAUUACCAGUGCUUUGUUUGCAGGUAUACAAAACUUAAGUUAUUUAACAUUUUUUAAAACAAUUGUCUCCGUUAGUUCCACAAAAAUAUUUUGUGUUAAUAUUUUUUUUUCUUUUCACUAAAUACUUGCAGUCAGUUUAGCUUGGCUGGAUCUUGGGUUGUAAAUAGUUUCAAAGAAACUCUUUCUAUUCUGACCUAAGCAAAACCCUGCUAUGGGUAGGAAUUUUUCAGCCAACCAAAGGUCAAAAUAUAAAAAAAAAUCUUGAUUUCUAAAGGAAUAUAACCUUCAAGUAAAUGUUCAAUCUGGUAUGAGGCAGUGAUUGCUUUCUUACAAAAACUGACUUCAACUUACCUGUUAGGGGGGAAAAAUAGAGAACACUGACACAACUGACUCCUUACCUUUGGAAUAAAACCAUAAGAAACUGACAAAACCAUCAAUUUAUGCCUAAUCAAUCAGGGUAACUUAAACUGUUUAAGGUUAAUGUCAAAAUAUCUACAUAUAUACUUUUCAUGCCAUCUAGGAAAUGUACAGGAGAGGGAGGAGAAUAGGAGAUAAUUCUAAAAAGAGCCCAGACUUCAGGAAGCUGCCAGGAGAGUUGGUCAGUAAUGGUAGAACCAGCCUUCAAGCAUCUGAUUGCUUCUGGCAUUCUAGUGUAAAAGACCUUAUGUAUUUGGCCAUACUGCUGCCACACCGACAAAACUGGGCAUCCCACCACUCAUGGUCCCUUCUUUCCAACUCUGAAGUCCCUAGCUUUCCAGAUUGAAUGACUUGACCCACUUGGAUUCCACAGGAGUGGGCAGGAAGGAUGGAAGGAAAGAGGGGAGUCAAUGCAGCUUGGCAGAGUGCCUAAGUCAUCUUUCAUUAAGGAUAAUUACUAAAAUCCAUGGGAGUCUUUUGAGUUGAAUCAGUCCUAAAAAAGCCAAGGCAGGCAGGGUGUGCCAGUUGGUCUAUUUUGAUACCUAGAGGAGGCCCUGAAUAUCACUUCUUGGUUUAAUUUAUAGAACCUAUGAAAGGUAGGUUGAUGUCUAUGCAGUCAGCAGGGGAUUAAGUAAUUCUUUUAGGGAAGCUUAAAAUGACUGAUCCUGCAAUGAUGGAUGGUAUAAUCCUUUGCCCCUUGCCAAAAAAUUAUGGGAAGUGAGUUAGUCAAAUUGUCACGCUUGUGUUUGACUUUAUUUCAAUUUCUUGUCAGCAAGGUAUGUAUUAUUUUAAUGCAUCCUCUGAAGAGUGUUACUAGCCAGUAAAAUGUGCAUUUUAUAACCCUAAAAUUUGAGUUCUGAAACAGGAUUUCUCUAGAGAAGAAAACCUAAAUGAGCAAAUCGUGUUUUAAAUUCCCUUGCUGUCUAAAAACCUGUAAUGCGUGGACUUCUCAAAAUCUGUUAAUAUUCUAUUCAGUGCCACAUGAUACACCUGAUGGAAACUUCACUUAAGGAAACAAUUCAAUUCACUGGAGAAAUUUCUCCACAUGCAAGCCUGAUUUUAUUUUAAUGGGUCACCGAUCCAAAUUAAAGGAAAAUGGGGUCAAAAUAUUGAGAUAGGUAGGGAGGGGGUUAGUUGCUUUUUAAAAACUAGUCUUCAGCUGCUGUAGAAUAUUUGUCCAAAUUACUGCUAAGCAUCAUUACUGGAUUUUCUAAAGGUUGGUAUUUUUGUACUUAAUGUCCCACUGUUUUCAAAUGUGCACUUUGUAAAAAUUAAAGUUUCUGCUUCAAAAUAAAUAAUUCCUCUAGCCUG